CGAAGUUUGCUUGUAUUUAUUGAAACAGGAAAAUAUGAAGUAAAGGUGAUACUUGGCUAUAGCAGAAUUCUUGAAAGUGGAGUUGGUGUAGCUGAAGACUAGGAAGCACUGGCUUAGCUCCAUGCUUCCUUGGGACCAGCCCAAGGCUCCAAAGCCAAAGGCCACCAGCCCUCAGCCCAAGAGAGUCUGGCACCCCCAGAGGCCAAUGCUGAAGCCAUCCACUUCCUCAACUCCCUCCGGCAGGAGGAGCUGCUGAUGCUGUUCUUCUCGGAGGCUCUGGUCAUGGUCUCGGACACAGGGCAGCCUCAGGGAGAACUGACCAUCGAGGUGCAGGUGGGGAAACACAAGGACAAAUUUGGCGUCAUGUCACGCUGCCUCUUCGUGCAUGCCUUUAGCCGAGGCUUCAUGGACAACAUACUCUGUGGAAACUCCCUUCUGGGCUACCUGACAUGGAAACUGGAGCCCAUGGAACAACAUAAUCAGGAGUUCAUCAAGUUCCCCAUCCUCCCCAUGGAACGGAAGAUGAGUUUGCUGAAGCAGGAUGAUCAGCUGGCCAUGACCAGAAUUGUCAAGGAGGGCGAGGAAGUGAAGACUGAAGUGACUUCUUUCCCCUGGCACUCAAUUGCGGGCUUCGUCUCCGAGGCUGCCAACCUGGUGUUGCUGAGGGUGAUGGCCUGGCGGCAGACAGUGCCCAGCAAUGCCCGUUUCCUGGCCUUGGACACAGAGGGCAAACUCUGCUAUUCCACUUAUCAAGCCCUAGGCUCCCAGACGAUCCAGGUGGGCCAUCAGCAGGUGGAAGUGUUCAUUGUGGAGCAGACUGUACAUUCGGAGAAGGGCAUCCCCAUGUCCUGCCAGUUUUACCUGCUCUCUGAUGGGCACCUGGCCAAGAGGAUCCAGGUGGGCUCCCCAGGUUGCUGCAUGGUCACUAAGGUGCCCAUCUUGAGGGAAGAGGAUGAUAUUGAGCCGCGCCCAGUAUUUGAGAAGAAGCCCCUGUUGUGGGAGGAGGACAUGGAGCUCUACUCGAGGUUCAUGGACCGGAAGGAGGAGCUCCGCCUCAGCCACAGCAGCUAUCUGCGGCUCCAUCCCGAGGCCCAGGCGCUCAUCUCCGACUUCGUGCUCUUCCUGCUGCUGCGCCAGCCGGCCGACGUGGUCACCUUCGCCGCCGAAUACUUCGGCCCCUUCGCAAAGCGACGCCCGCCAACUCCGACCUUGCGCUCCUCCAAUCGACCCAGCCCCUUCCGCGCGCUGGACCUGGAGUGCAUCGAUGGCGAGGAGGACCAGGCAGGGAGCUAGGCGGGCGGGGGCCCCGUAGGCGGUAGAGGCUGGGCUCGGACUCGGGCGGGACACACCCGGGAGGCGCGCUUUCAGCCCUGCGGUUUCUAUGGGAAUAAAUCCGGGGCCUCCCCGCGGCUCUGCUGUCUGCCGGAACCUUCCUUGGCCAGCAUCUCGCGUCUUAGGCUAAAAAUAGGAACCGUAAACUCGGUUUAUCCAGCGAUUUAACGCCUUUCUUCCUAGAUGUCGUUAUGAUCAAUAUCCCUAUUUUUACAGUUAAGAAAAUAGAGACACAAAAAGUUUAAGUAACUGAGUUAGCAAGUGGGAAGCAGGAUUCAAACUGGACUUUGGAUUCCCCAAACCUACACUUUUAGUCACUAGGUUAGCCAGAAUGGAGGGGCAGGGCUUCUUGGCACUCAGAAUCAUUAUGAAUUCCACAGAGCUUAACUGUCCACUCCCCUGCCUAAGAGAAAGAGCAGAUGAUGUGGGGAGGGGCUGAUGAGGAAGGGAUCUGAUUCACCACUGGCCUUGCUCAUCUCCUCCGAAGCUUUCCAACCACGGCGCCCCCCUCUUUCCCUCCUCCAGCUCUCACACGCCACCUGUUUCCUCCUGGUUCCCAAGGACACAAGGAACCCCCAAACUGCGUGAUGGGGAAGCCCCUUACUGGCACCCUAAGAAAAAGGAUGAGCAGGUGAUCAUCACCUCCUUUAGGAUCCUUGCUUGUUGUCAGUUCUGGCCCAGAACUGUUUCUGCUUAAUACUGAUCACAGUUCAGUAACAAAUAUUAAGGCAAGCUCCCCUGAGGCAGCUGGUAAUGGGCAUGCAGGCUCCACCCCUCCAUCUGUCCAUUCCUUGGACCUGCUAGGAGUUGAGGGACUCCAGAGAAGCUUUGCAGUCUAAUGGAGUGGGCCAAAAAUGUACAAGGCUUUACUGAUGGAAAUAUUCUCUAUCUGCAGUAUCCAAUAUAGCAACCACUAGUCACAUGUGGCCACUGAGCACUAGAAAUGUGGUUAAUGUAACUGAAGAACUGAAAUUCUACUUGAAUUUUAAUUAAUUUCAAUUUAAAUAGCCAUAUGUGGCUAGUGGCUACCAGAAUGGACCACAACAGCUCUAGAGGAUAAGUUCUUUUCAUUCAAUCAGGCAAUCAGCUCAACAAAUAUUGGUCUCCUUCCAUGUGCCAGGGCUAUUCUAAGCACUGGAAGAUCAGCAGGGACAAGACCAAGUCCCUGUCUUCAUGGUACUUGCAGGUAGCAUGGGGAGAUAAACAAUAAACACAAAAGAUAAUUUCUUAUGUGAAAUUUCAGACAUUUCUGAAAACAAUGAAGGUCAAGUCAUUGGUAGAAAGUGACUCAGGGUUGGAGGGUCGAGGGUGGAGAGGUCAGGGAGGGCCUGUCUUGUGUCUCAGCUGAGUUGGGAUCUGAAUUAUAAGGAGUCAGACCUGUGAAGAGCUGCGGGAAAAGCAUUUUAGGCAGAGGGUACAGCAAGUGCAAAGGCUCUAAACAAGACAUAUUGGGGACUGAAAGUCAGUGAGACUCCAGUGAGGAGGGGGGAGGAGGAGCUGGCAAAGAGGGUGCUCAGCCACAGUGAGGAAAGGAGGGCUGGGUCUUAGAGGGCCUCCUAGGCCCUGGCAAGUUCUCUUCAUCCAUGGAGAAUGGAAACUGACUCAGCCCAAUGCACCCAGAAUGUUCCUAUAAAGAUUGUGAGAGCCCCAUCCAGUCCCAGAUACUCUGCAGCAGUCAGGAAAGGCUGGAAGGGAAGUACCAUCCAACCCAUAGGCAGCCUUCCGUGGCUGAGCACUCUUGAAUCAGGUGACUUGGGAAAAGUAAGUCUGCCACUUCCUUACCUGCUCUGUGACAUUUAUUUCAAAAUUAGGUUUUUAAAAUGAUUUUUAAAUUUAUUUAUUUAGGCAGGAGAAGGUAAUUAGUUUUGUUUUUAGAGGAGGUAUUGGGGAUUAAAGCCAGGACCUCAUGCAUGCUACACAUGCACUUUACUGCCUGAGCUACACCCUCCCCCCAAAACUAGUUUUUUAGAUCAUAUCAUUUGUCCCCAGAGCUUUGAUGACCCUCUUCUUACUCCAUAAUACUAAGAUAUAUAUUUCUCAGAAGAAAAUAAAAACAGACAUGGAGCACUUCUGAAUUGCCAGGCACUGGACUAGGAUGUGGGGAUGCUGUGUGAGCAUCAGAGCCAGGCCCCACCUACAUGGCACAUGGUCAGACUAGAAGGGAAGAGACAUCUGUCAAGGGUCCCAUGGAUGAAUGUGUAAAUGUAGACCAUGGAAAGUGCUAAGAAGGAAACAUAUACCUGCAACAUUAGGUUGUUUGAUGUGGCCUUGACCUACUGUGAGAGCCCAGGGAGGCAGAGGGAAAGGAAUAGUAAUAAGAGCAAACCCUAUACAGCACUUACUAAUGCUAAUCCCUCUACACAUGAUAAUUCAUGUGAUUCUCACAACACCCCUAUGAGGUAGGUUCUGUUAACAUACCCAUUUUACAGAUGAAGGAAAAGUUAAAGCCAAGGCCAUAUAACUGGUUAGUGGCAGAACCAGGAUUUAGAUCUGGGGAGUCUGGCUCGGGUCCCUAUGGGGAUCCACUCUGAUAAAGAGAUCAGAUGCACAUCUCUGGAGAUAGAUCCCAGAACAGAAAAGAGGCACCUUCCUGCUUUAGAUACCAGAAUAGGCUUGGCUGUAUCCUGUCUUUCCCCUUCCCCAGGCAACCAGAAACUCCCUGGAUCCCUAAUGCAUUGUCACUGACAGCAGAUUCACUACUGUAAGGUGCCCAGGUAGAUGAGGACGGCAUUGUGCUGAGGGAGCACACAACCUGGCCCUGGAGAAAUCAAGGGAGGCUUCUUGGAAGGGGUCACACCACAGCUGAAUCCUGAAUGACAAGAGGCUCUUUGCCAGGCAGAGGAUGUGGAGGAUGUUUGGAGAGGAAGCAGCAUGUGCAAAGGCCUGGAGACGAGAGGGAGGGAACAUGGAAUGUCUGAGCCCCUGCAAGGGGUUCAGAAUGAGACUGUGAAGGGUCUGGGACCCCAACUAAAGUGUUGCCCACUAUCUGGGAGACUGAGAGACCUUGAAAUGUGGGUUAGGCAAAUACCUGAAUGCCGGCCUGUUUCUGAGUUUUUUCUUUCCCUCAGAAACCAUGAGAGCAGAUAAACUAAAAGCAGUGUUAUAGAUUGACGGAGUCCUACAAAAAGAAUUUUACAUUUUGACAUUUGACAGCAAAAAACAAAAACAAAAACAAAACAAUAAAACAGGGCUGGUAAUGCCCUUGGAAGGUGCAGAUAUGACCUUCUGAAUCUCUGUCAUAUUUAUGAAUUUGACUACAUUAUGUACCUCAUGUAAAUGCAAUCACACCAUAGUGGUCAUUUGACAUCCGGCUUAUUUCAUUUAACAUAAUGUUUUCAAGGUUCAUCCAUAUGAUAGCAUGUAUCAGGAUUUCAUUCCUUUUUAAAGGCUGAAUAAUAUUCCAUUGAUGGCUAUAGCAAAUUUUGUUUAUUCAUCUGUUGAUGGACAUUGGGGUUGUUUCCACCGUUUGGUUAUUGUGAAAAAUGUUGCUCAGAACAUGAGUGUACAAGUAUCUGUUUGAAUCUCUGCUUUCAAUAAACCAGAAUAGUAAUAUUGA